UGUAGCAACGGAUUACGAAUAGUUCAUUUUGAAGUUUAUUCUGACUUAAAUGAAACAUGAUUGUAGAACUCGAAAAGCAAAAUGACAUUUGCAGACAUGAUGUUUCAUUUCUGUUUGCUAAACAUGAUAACAUCAUAGAUUUGACAUGUGGCUUCGGCUUGGAUUUCUCGUAAACAAGUUGUUUAUGUGUGGUUUGCAAAACAAGAGAAUGUAAUAUUUGAGUAACAUGUUUCUAUAGCUUGAUCCACAAAUUGUGUUUGUUGAAAAUGGUUAGUGCAGAAGUUUAGCUGUCACAAGGUUUCGCUAAGUGUAUUUUAAAAUGCCAAAAUUUCCGAAAAAGCUUAUUACAAACGAAAUUUGGCGUCGUAUUAAGCGAAAUGGCUCAUUCCGUGUUAAGAAAAAGGCCAUGAUAGUGGAAGCUGCGAAGCGGGUUCCCGAAAUAAACCCGAACCCGAUGGAAUCGACGGCAAAUGGGUGGCAACAGGAAGUAGCAAACGUUUCCCAAAUGGAACCAGCAAUCGCCUCGUUCAUGGAUGUGGUUGAGGCUUCGAAAGGACACGCUGGAACAACACAAAGUGCCGAAGAGGGUCCAGCGGGUUCUAACGUGGACAGUAAAAGCUCCAUGUACGAGUUCCGGGAUCAUUUGAAAACGUGGGCUAUUACUCAUCAAAUUAAGCACACGGCUGUUAAUUCACUAUUAACUAUUCUGAAGACCAAUAUUCCCGAUAAUGUACUUCCGGCUGAUGCUCGGACGUUAGUAAAAACUCCAGCCAAAGUACAAAUUACACACGACGACGAAAUGGGAGGAGAAUACUGGCAUUACGGGUUGCAAAAAGUGCUCACCAAAGUACUGAUGUUCAGCAAAAAUCAAAGUAUUACGAAAAUAUCUUUGAUUGUAAACAUUGACGGCGUACCCAUCAGUAAAAGUUCGACGUCUGCAUUUUGGCCAAUCCUGGUCAAAAUCCAUGAAAUGGACGAGAUUGCACCUCUGGUUGUUGGGAUUUUCAGUGGAAUGUACAAACCUAAAGAUGUCAAUUCUUUUCUACGAAGAUUUGUAGACGACAUGAACGUGUUGCUGCAGCAUGGAAUUUCAAUAAAUAAUCGCGCCAUCGAAGUUACCCUAAGAUGUUUUGUUUGUGACACCCCAGCUAGAGCCAUGCUGAGAGGUGUAAUUGGGCACAACGGAUACGCCUCCUGCUUGAAGUGUGUUACGGAGGGGGAGUAUUGUUAUUCACAUGGGAAGAUGAUCUUUCCAGAGCUGAAUGCAGCUCUACGAACCGACUCAGCAUUCCGCUCCCGAACCUACGAAGGCCAUCAUAAACAUGACUCUAUCCUCGAGGAAAUAACUAGACUUGACAUGAUUAAGGAUUUCCCGAUUGGUGAUGCCUUGCAUUUAAUUGACCUUGGGAUUACAAAACGGUUUUUGGUUGGUUGGAAAUCCGGAAUCUUGGGAAAUCAGAACGCCAGAUGGUCUGCCGCUCAAAUUCAAGAAAUCAGCAAUUUUUUGAAAUUAUGCAAGCUGCCCAAGGAAAUUCAGCGCCCUUUGCGUGGGCUAGAGAACUUACCUCGCUGGAAAGGCACAGAGUUUAGAACUUUUCUUUUAUACGCAAGUAUUGUUGUCGUCACCAGGGAACGAACUUAG